ACACACACACACACAGGGAACUGUUUACCUUUGGAACCAGACACCUGCCUUCCUCUAAUCUCUACUCGGUUCUUCACUGACAGACCUGUUGAAGGUGAAGUGGAAGAUCUCUCUGGGGCUUAGUAUAUCUACGGCGCACGCUCUCACAGGGACUCGAGUACGAUCAGAGAGAUUUGAUUCUACACCUGCAAGAGGACAUUUUGGACAUUAAAUCAAUAACUGUGACUUUGACCUGUUACGUCAUUCUAGAAUGAGUGACAAGAAAUAAAAUGGCUUCCAGAUUUUCUUUCCCCGAAGAGGAUUUAUUUUGUCCCGUGUGCCGGGACAUCUUCAAGGACCCUGUCGUCCUCUCGUGUAGCCACAGCUUCUGUAAAAGCUGUGUGCAAAAAUGUUGGAAACUGAAAGGUUUUCGGGAAUGUCCAGUUUGCAGAAGAAGGUCCUCUAAGUCAGAACCUCCUUGUAACCGGGCCUUAAAGAAUUUGUGCGAGUCCUUCUUACAGCAGAGACAUCAGAGGGCUCCAGUUCUGCAGAGACCUGCAGUUCUCUGUAGUCAGCACAAUGAGAAACUCCAGCUCUUCUGUCUGGAGGAUAAACAACCUAUCUGUUUGGUGUGCCAGGCAUCAAAGACCCACAGAUCUCAUCAGUGUGUCCCUAUCAAUGACGCUUUAAAGAACCACAAGAAUCAACUCCAGACUGCCCUGAAACAUUUACAUGAGAAGCUGAAGAUGUUUACUGAAGUUCAACAAACCUAUGAUCAAACAACUGAGCACAUUAAGAGCCAGGCCCAGCACACAGAGGAGAAGAUUAAGACGGCGUUUGAGAAGCUUCACCAGUUUCUACGGGAUGACGAAGCAGCCAGGAUAGCUUCACUGAGGCGCGAAGCGGAGCAGAAGAGUCAGAUGAUGAAGAAGAAUAUUGAACAGAUGAGUAAAGAUAUGUCGUCCCUUUCAAACACAAUCCAAGCCACUGAGGAGGAGCUCAGAGCUGAAGAAGUUUCAUUCCUGCAGGUCAGGACAUGGCUUGGUCAUUGUGUUUCAUUGUCUAACAUGAAUGUCUUUAUCCUACUGCAACAUUACACAUUGACACAGAACAUGUUUUCAUAUCAUGUUUUGCAGAACUUUAAGGCCACAAUGAAAAAAGCCACAUGCGCGCUGGCAGAUCCAGAAAGGGUUUCAGGAACUCUGAUAGACGUGGCCAAACACCUGGGCAACCUUCAGUUCAGAGUCUGGGAGAAAAUGCAGGAGAUUGUUACACACACCCCUGUGAUUCUGGACCCCAACACAGCGCAUGCCUGUCUGUCUGUGUCUGGGGAUCUGACCAGUGUGAGGUACUUGGACCCAUUGCAGAAGCUCCCGGACAACCCAGAGAGGUUCAUGUAUUCCAAAACGGUUCUGGGCUCCGAGGGCUUCAGCUCAGGGACGCACAGCUGGGAGGUGGCGGUGGGGGACCAUCCACUUUGGAAUGUUGGCGUGGUCAAAAAAUCCACAGACAGGAGGAAGGGAAUCCAUCUAACUCCUGCUCAUGGAAUGUGGGCCAUAAAACAUAGGAGCGGUACGUAUAAGGCAUUAGAAGAUAUCGACAUGGCUCUAAAGAGGAGUCCCCAGAGGAUCAGGGUGCAGCUGGACUACGACAGGGGCGAGAUUUCCUUCUAUGACCCUAAAGACAUGACACUUCUCUUCAAACACCGAGACACAUUUACUGAGAGACUCUACCCAUUGCUCUCUGUUGGACCGCCUGGUGAUGCCAUAAACCUUGAUCUACAGAUCUGCCACAGGUUUCUUCGGAGGUAGGGGAACCCCAGUGACGGAUCCUGCUUCCCAACAUGCGGAUGGAGACCGAAGUCUUAUUUACGUUACAAGAGAGUGAAUGAAAUGCUAGAUAGACUUAGUCUUAGUUUACUUAGUCAUUUCCGUACCGGUUGAAUUUACGGCAUGUUCAAGAAGAGCCAUGCAGAAUUGUGUGCAGUAAUAACAGGAAAUUGAGCGAUGUGCGUGCGCACUGCGUAGGACGUUGAUACAGUUCCGACCGAAUUGUCUUCACACUUGCUAUACCCCUGGGGAACUUUAUCGAAAAUGGGGGUUCACACAACCUUGCGAGUUAACACAGCGAAAUAAUCUAGUGUAUCAAGUCUUCGAGAUAUCUUGGAGAAUGUGUUGUAAUGUAAACAAGCCCAGAGAGAGAGUGAUAGGGAGAUCUGGUGAAUGAUCUUGCUAAUACUGUGUUAAUGUCUCCACCAUUAAUGGUAAAAAACCAAACUGCAAUGGGAUCAUAAUGAUGACAAAGGGGGCAUGCUCAGAUCCUUGCAUUAAGAAAAACUAAAAAUAUCAGCAGAUUUUUCAUCAGCAUUUUCCAAAUACUAUUGUGUGCUUCAGGCAGACAUCCUUAGCCCUUAUUGAGGUGGUGAUAAUGUUGUGUUGUUCUAUUUUUCCAUUUAAAAUGUUCAUCUUAACUUAUUGUGUUGAGAAUACCAAAACGUGUUGACUGACUGACCCCAACAUCUUCAUUUACUGUUACGGUCAGAUUUUGUGAAAUAAAAUCCUCCGAUAAGUAUA